UAUUCCGACUCGGUUCAGCCACCAUCUGUCCACCCCUCCCGUGUUUCUUCUAACUUAAUUUGGGGCUACUUUCAAGAUGACAGAAGAAAAGAGUGUUCGGCAUGUAAAGCUGGUAACUGGCCAGCUUCCGUGGGAUUUGAUGUCACCUUUAGAUUGGUUCAAUUGAAAAUGGAAACACUGGAGUCUGAGCUGACCUGCCCGAUCUGUCUGGAGUUGUUUGAAGAUCCCCUGCUCUUGCCCUGUGCCCACAGCCUGUGCUUUAAUUGCGCCCACCGUAUCCUGGUUUCUCACUGCUCCACCAGCAAGCCCCUCGAGUCCAUCUCGGCCUUUCAGUGCCCCACGUGCCGUUACGUCAUCACGCUGAAUCACCGCGGCCUGGAGGGCCUUAAGCGCAAUGUGACGCUGCAGAACAUCAUUGACCGCUUUCAAAAGGCCUCCCUUAGUGGCCCCAACUCCCCCACAGAGAGCCGGCGCCUGCAGCCGCAGCGGCCCUACACCGCCACCAUUAGCGGAACAAUAGCUGGAACAAUUGGCGGCGGUGGUGGCACAAGUGGAAGUAGUGCCCGCAGCAGUCCGGCCACUUCCAGCCACUCCCAUCCGCACGCCAACCACACCAAUCACUCCAAUCACACCAACGCCAACCACAGCCCAGCUGUCGUGGCUAAGAUGGAUCUGCGUAUCAGCUGCCAGUUCUGUGAGCAGGAUCCACCGCGUGAGGCUGUUAAAACAUGUGUGACGUGUGAGGUAUCGUACUGCGACCGCUGCUUGCGCGCAACACACCCAAAUAAGAAACCCUUCACCAGCCACCGCCUGGUGGAGCCGGUACCAGACACUCACAUUCGCGGCCUCACCUGCCUGGAGCAUGAGAAUGAGAAGGUCAACAUGUAUUGUUUGGUGGAUGACCAGCUCAUUUGUGCCCUCUGCAAGCUCGUGGGGCGCCACCGAGAGCACCAGGUGUCCUCACUCACUGAACGUUUUGACAAGCUCAAGGCUUAUCAGGUGAGCCCGGGCAGAGUGUCAGAUGCGGUAAUGGAGGCUUCAAAGACAAGCGCUGCGCAAACCUUGGAGAAUAACCUGACCAACCUGGUGAAGAGAAACAGUGAACUGGAGAACCAAAUGGCCAAGCUCAUCCAGAUCUGUCAACAGGUUGAGGUAAACACAGCCAUGCAUGAAGCCAAGCUAGUGGAGGAGUGUGAUGAGCUGGUGGAGAUCAUCCGCCAGAGAAAACAGGUCAUUGCUGUGAAAAUCAAGGAGUCCAAGGUGAUGAAGCUGCGUAAGUUGGCCCAGCAGAUUGCAAACUGUCGUCAGUGUCUGGAGCGCUCCAGUGCCCUUAUCACCCAGGCUGAGCAGAGCCUGAAGGAGAACGACCACGCCCGCUUCCUCCAGACUGCCCGAAAUGUAGCUGAAAGGGUUGCCAUGGCGACAGCCUCCUCCCAGGUACUCAUCCCUGAUGUCAACCUGAACGAGGCGUUUGACAACUUUGCCCUGGACUUUUCCCGAGAGAAGAAGAUCCUAGAAGGACUAGAUUACCUAACAGCUCCCAAUCCACCAUCCAUAAGAGACGAGCUGUGCACCGCCUCACAUGACACCAUCACUGUUCACUGGACGUCAGAGGACGAAUUCAGCGUCACCUCCUACGAACUGCAGUACACCAUCUACACUGGCCAAACAAACUUCAUCAGUUUGUACAACUCGGCCGACAGCUGGAUGAUCGUACCUAACAUCAAGCAGAACCACUACACGGUGCAUGGCUUGCAGAGUGGCACCCGUUAUAUCUUCUUUGUCAAGGCUAUCAACCAGGCAGGAAGCCGCAACAGUGAGCCAGCCCGCCUCAAAACCAAUAGCCAGCCCUUCAAGUUGGACCCAAAAACAGCCCAUAAGAAGCUGCGUCUUUCCAACGACUGUCUGACCAUGGAGAAGGACGAAAGCUCGCUGAAGAAGAGCCACACCCCAGAGCGUUUCAGCGGCACAGGCUCCUAUGGUGCUGCUGGUAAUGUCUUCAUUGACAGCGGGUGCCACUACUGGGAGGUACUGCUGGGAGCAUCCACAUGGUAUGCCAUCGGCGUGGCUUACAAAUCAGCUCCAAAAAAUGAAUGGAGUGGCAAGAACUCAUCCUCAUGGGUGUUCUCACGCUGCAACAACAACUUCAUGAUGCGCCAUGAUGGCAAGGAGAUGUUGGUGGAGGCAAGCCUGCAGCUGAGGCGGCUGGGUGUCCUGCUGGACUAUGACAACAAUUCAUUGUCCUUCUAUGAUGCCAUGAACUCCCAGCACAUUCACACCUUUGAAAUCUCCUUCCUCCUGCCCGUUGUACCCACUUUCAUGAUUUGGAAUAAGUCAGUCAUGAUACUCUCAGGGCUACCCGUCCCCGAUUUUGUCGACGGCAUGGCUCCAGAUCAUCAAGAGCAGCAGCAGCAGAUGGGCCUGUGCCGACAAGAGUCGCCAUACUUGACCGGGAUGAAGUCCUGUCACUGAGAAAAGGCUUAGUGUGGCCUAGCAGAGUCCACUCAGGCCCAGUGACUCAAAGA